UCCUCUCCCCUCCCUUAUGAACUGUCGUGUACCCCAAUCCAAACAAAGCGUUAGCAGCCAUAACAAAUUUCCGCAGACAAAAAGCCUCCUCCCGUUCGCCUUGUCUUUCCUCGAAGCCUAGAAUCGCCCAGCCGUCGCUUCUGCGGAACCACGUUCUCCUUUCUAUUUUUAGUGGUUUUGGUAAAAACCACGUUCUCGUUUCCGCCGUCUCUCCGCUGCUCCCCUCCACCGCGGCCGAAGCUCAUGAGAUGAAACCCCCCAUCGUCGUCUCCAAUGGUGAGAGCCCGCCUCCCCUCCCCCAGCUUUGCCCUCCUCCUCAAGAUCCCAAGCCCCUCUCUCCUCUCCUCCCUGGCCCAGUCCCCGGACCCUGACCCCUCCCUCCUCGUCGCCGAGGCCCACCGGACGCUCGCCGGCCCCCGGUGGCGCGAUAGCCCCGAGCUCGCCCGCCUCGGCCCCGCCGACGCCGCCGAGGUCCUCCGCUCCCACCACGACCCCCGCCGCGCCCUCCAGUUCUUCCGCUGGUUCUUUCAGAGGCACUCCCACAAACGCAGCCUUGACUGCUUUUUCGCGCUUCUUGACCGCCUCCUCGCCGCCCGCAUGUUCUUCCCUGCCAACCGCGUCGCCGUCCAGAUGGUCAGAUCGUGCCAAAGCAAAGAGGAGAUGAUCCGGGUGAUGGAUUUCUUGAACAGCAAACGAUUUAGGUUCGGUCUUUUUGGUUGCAAUGCGCUCCUGAUCCAGCUGGGCAAGCUCGACAUGGUCGGCGUCGCUCUGAAUCUUUAUCACCAGAUGCUGGGCAGUGGUGUGGAGCCAAAUCUGUUGACUUUCAAUACUGUGAUCAAUAUCUUGUGCAAGAAUGGGAACGUCAAGGAGGCGGGAUUGAUUUUGAGUAGGAUUUUGCAGUGUGAUCUGAAGCCUGAUACAUUUACUUAUACGUCGUUGAUUCUAGGUCAUUGCAGGAGUCAAGACCUCAAUUCGGCCUUUGGGGUGUUCGAUUUGAUGGUUAAGGAAGGAUGCGAGCCAAACUCAGUGACAUACUCCACUCUGAUUAAUGGUUUAUGCAAUAAGGGGAGGUUGGAUGACGCUCUGGGAUUGAUGAGAGAGAUGGUGGAGAGAGGCAUUGAGCCAACGGUGUACACCUACACCGUUCCAAUUGUGGAGCUUUGCAGCUGUGGGCGGAUGAGUGAGGCCUGUAAUUUGGUUGUUGACAUGAGGAACAGGGGAUGCCUGCUGAAUGUUCAGACAUACACGGCACUAAUCAGCGGGCUAUGUCGAUUGAAUGGGCUUGAGGUGGCAGUCGGGUUGUUUCACAAGAUGGUCAGGGAUGGUUUGGUGGCAAACAUGGUGACGUAUAACGCAUUGAUUAAUGGUUUGUGUAAUGCAGGAAGAAUUGGAGAUGCUCUAAAGGUUUUUGAGGUGAUGGAGAGGCAUAGUUGCCCACCAAAUUCACAAACUUUCAAUGAGAUGAUAAGGGGGUUCUGUUUGAUAGGUAGAGUGGAGAAGGCAAUGGUUCUUUUCCAUAGGAUGCUGACAGUAGGUCCUUCACCAAACCAGGUGACAUAUAACACUAUCAUAGAUGGGUAUUGCAAAAUGGGUAAUCUUAACAAUGCGAUUAGGAUGCUGGAUCAUAUGAAAGAAAAUGGAUGUGAGCCUGAUGAAUGGACUUACACUGAACUUGUUAAUGGGUUUUGCAAAGGGGGGAAACUGGGAUUGGCGCACAAAGUAUUUGAAGAAAUGCUGGAACGUGGCUUGAGCCCAAAUGAGGUUGCAUACACUGCACUAAUAGAUGGGUGCUGCAAGGAUGGGAAGCUUGAUAGUGCAUUGGCCUUAUUAAACAGGAUGGAGAAAAGUGGUUGCAAACCAAAUGUGCUUACUUAUAAUGCUAUAAUUAAUGGCUUUGCCAAGAAAAAUCAGCUUUCAGAAGCAGAGAAACUAUUUAGGGAGAUGGUCAAACAAGGUUUGUUGCCCAAUGUUGUCACUUACACAGCAUUGAUUGAUGGGUUGUGUAAGAAUGGUGCCACAUCGCUUGCACUGAAGAUCCUGGACGAAAUGCUGAAGACAAGCUGCUCACCCAAUAUCCACACCUAUAGUGCUCUUAUUUGUGGGUUGUGCCAAGAAGGCAAGGCUGGGGAAGCUGAGAAGCUGUUCCAGGAAAUGGAAGAAAAAGGGUUAGUUCCUGAUCAGGUCACUUAUACUUCUAUGCUUGAUGGUUAUAUUAUGUUAGGUAGGAUGGAUCUUGCCUAUUCACUUCUGAGAAGGAUGGUUGGUGCUGGAUGUAAGCCCAACUAUCGGACUUAUCAUGUUCUGAUGAAAGGAUUGCAGAAGGAGCACCAGUUGAUGGGACAGAAACUUGCAGCUUUGCCGGAUGCAGUCUCUAGUUGUAGCAUGGAUGAAAAUGCUACAGAUUUUGAGAUUAUAUCUUGUCUAUUGAUAAAAUUAUCAGAAUGUGGAUGUGAGCUAAAUAUUGACAUCUAUAGCACUCUGGUGUGUGGAUUAUGCAAAGAAGGAAGGUGGUUUGAGGCAUAUCAGUUAGCUAAAGGUAUGAGUGACCAGGGAUUAUCUCCAGAUGAAGGGAUAUAUAAUUCUUUAAUACUUGUAUAUUCAAAUUAUUUCCAAGUAGAUCUUGCUUUAGAAACUUUAAAUACAAUGAUAGCACAUGGCUUCGAGCCUCGUCUAAUCGGUUAUAGGGCACUAAUUUGUGCUUUCUGCAAAAUUGAUAAGAUGGAAGAGGCCCAAAAUAUUUUUGAAAACAUGCUUUUGCAGCACUGGAAUCCUGAUGAGAUCGUGUGGACCAUCCUCAUUGAUGGGUUAUUGAAGGAUGGAAAGCCAGAUCUGUGCAUGAAAUUUCUUCAUAUCAUGGAAGCCAAGGAUUAUAAGCCAACUUUCCAAACUUAUGUUAUCCUGGCAAGAGAAGUGUCCAAAGAAGAGAACUGCAUUGAGAUGAGUUUAGUGGGUGAUGUACCAACGAUCUGAGGAUUAUUUCCUUGCUUUUGAUUUCCUCUGUUAAAUGCUGAGGCAUUGGAAAUAUGGAGGAAUCAAAAGAUGGGCAUCUGCUAAGUGAUGCAAAGCGACAGAUUGCUGAGCCAAUUUGUCCAUCAAUGUCAUUUAUGCUCUUCAAGGGAAGCAUACAUUUUUUUUUCAGCCGCAAUCGUUUCAGAUUUUUAACAUGUAUUAACUGAUAUUGAAUGAGCUAUUACCUAUUUGGUCUUGAAAUGCUUGAACAAGGGAAGCAGGAGUGAACUUUCAGUUUUAUAUACGACAAAAGUUAACAUUUCAAGCGGUUGUCUUUGCUGGAACUUCUGUACCAUCAUGGCCUAUGGAAAUGCUGAUCUAUCUAGGCAUGACUGGACUUAUGCUCCUCUAUCUUGAUGGGAAAAAUUGCCUGAUAUGGUUUGAUUGAUAUUCUAAUGGGACUAAAUUGAAGCAGCCUACGGUGGUAUAAACUGGAGAAGCUUCAGCCUCUUUGGUAAUUUAGACAUUUGAUCAAUUAUUGAUGAAAGCACAGGCUCUUUGGAUAAACAAGGCCUCAUAGUGCCUACCCAAUCAAACAAAUAAGAAGUCUGACAGGCAUAUGCAAAACAAUAGAAAGCAGCCAAGGGUAGUCAGUUGUACUCAAAGGUAGAUUGGUAGACUAACAAAUCAGCAACUUAAUUGACAUUAUAGUAACAUCUUUUUUUCUUUCUUUUUAUUUCAUGUUUGACCAUUGAGAGUGGUAUCAUAUAUCCCAUUAAUUGUAAUUUGGUUUUCAUUUUCAAUAGUUCAAUUAUUACUUUGA